UGAAAAUCAAAGAGGCUAGAAACUGUCACUCGAAGUGGACGUCUUAUUUAAACUGAAUCGUUUAAUAAACCGAGAAAGAUAACACGAUCAUCAUGUCUGUGUAUGUGUUCUACAAUCCGAAAAACAACUGUUACAAGAUCGGACAGAGUGAGAAGGUUGGAAGGAGACUACGCGAAAUUAAAGAACAAUAUCCUGACACGUUUGAAGUCUUGAGAGAAGCUGUUGGAUCGCCUCAAUCAGCUGAAUCUGCAGCCCAAACAAAAGUCAUGAAUGAACUGGGUAUGCGACAAGUUAAUGAUGGUUCGAAUAAAUCUGAUUGGUUCAAAACAUCGCAAAAUGUCUCAAGCAGCGAUGUAAAAGAAACAGUCAUGAAUGCUAUCUCAGCUUACAGAUAGACAAGACAAUGUUAGCAACUCAUAUGUUCACAGAUAAACAACCAACAGCUAUCACAAAUAGAAGCAUGACAAGAUUAUAUUUAUAAAAAUUGGACAUUGAAUUAUUCAAUUUAUGAACAUUCCAUAAUAAUUAUAGUUUAAAUGAAAACAAAAUCAAUCGCAAUACUGCAAGUUGCUUAAAGUAUACAUUUCCCUUUCAAUUUCCAGUGUAUAGGUGCUUGUAUUUUAUGUGUUUGGGGACUGUACAUGAUAAUUCAUAUAAUUCAAUUAUGUGCUGAAUAUGAUGAAAUUAAAUGUUAUCCAAUAUUGUCUGAAUUACCAGAAAUAAAUAAUGUUACUAUAGUAGUAUGUAAUUAAAUAUAGAACAUUCUGAAAUCAUAAUGAAGCAAAAUAUAACAAACAGAUUCUUGAAUUAAAAUCAGUAAAAAAUAGUAUUUGUUACAAAAUGGGACCAAAUGCCAGAAUCAUCAAUUUAUAUCUGAAUGAGUUAUAGUUCUGUCACGUUUGUAAGGCAACAGUGUGGCGGCCAUACCUUCCAAAUUCGAGAGAAAUACACAGCAUAUAUAUAGGGAUUAAGCAGUACAAUGUAGAUUUUCU